GCGGAGAAAAAGAAAAAUUGAAACGAAUGGAAAAUGCAAAGAUGAAAUUGUGUAAAGGAGCACAACAGGAAACUAUAAUACCAAGAGGGGAGAUUUCAACUUGGAGGAGUUUGAUCCAAAUAUAAGCGGGGAAAAGACUGACUCCAGUAGGAAAGGGAAACAGGCAAAUAAUUUAGAAUCAAGAAAUGACAGAACUAUUUUUGAACUGCAAAACCAAUUUAAUGCCGAGAAAUCAAUGAAAGAGGCAGCAAUUAAAGAAAAAGCUGAUCUUGAGAAAAGGAUUGUUGAACUAGAGAAACAGAAGAAUCUAGAAAAAGAUGAACUGAAAGAAAGGAUCGCUGAGCUAGAGAAACAACAAAUUGAUGAGAAGAAGGAAAAAGAUGAUCUACUAGAAAGAAAUCUUAAACUGGAAAAGGAAAUUAAUGAAGAGAAAACAAUGAAAAACAAAUAUGAGAAGGAGAAAGAUCAUAUUCUGGAUUUUCUGGCAAGAGAAGUCACUUGUUCUGUCUGUCUCAUGAUCCCAAGAACUAAGAAGAUACCUAUCUGUAGGAAUGGGCACACUACCUGUAAAACAUGUAAAAGGACGGUAUGUCCUCUCUGUAAAACCAAGAUGGAAGAAGAGACCAUGUUCUCUCCUCUAACCCAGAACAUCACAGAUCUGUUGGCAGUAUCCUGCAUAUUCAUGGAUCAGGGUUGCACCAUCAAACUCAAGAAGAGUGAAAUUGUUACCCACGAGAAGGAAGAAUGCAGGGAACUCAUGUGUCCAGGAUGUGAAGAGAAGUUUGAAGCGUUCCUUCCCCGAUCAUUUUCUAAAUUGUUCACAAAUUGAAUGUGAAGAAGAUGCGAAAAUGGUUGAGACAAACACUUGUCAAUAUUAUCUUUAUACCCAGAUAGUCUCCUGUGAACCAUCUGUAUUCAAGCUUGAGAAUUCAAAGAACUGGUUUUUACUCUGUGCUGAUGUUUUGGAAGAUAGAUUAUUGUUCUUUAUAAAGCAUUAUAGUGGAGAGGAGAGGAAGGAAACAUUCAGCUAUAAUCUCAAGAUCUUCAAUGAAGGAAAAGAGUUUUCUAGGUCAAUGCGUGGAGAGUGUACUCCUAUUGAUAUGGAAAUCAAGGAUGCCAGGAGAGAAGGAUAUACACUUGAUAUCAGUGUCGAAGCUAUGAAAAGGAAGUGUUUAUUGCCAAACACAGUAAACGAGUACAAAUGGGACAUUGAAUUUGAUUUAAUUAAAAACUGAAUUUGAAAGUCUAUCAAUGGAGAAAAUGUAGCAAUCUAACUUUGCUACAUCCCACAUUUCAGAAAUAUGGAACAAAAAUUAGGAAAGAGUACACACUACACACACUAAACAUGGUGAAAAUAUGGAAAUUGGAAAGUGUUUCUGUUUAGAG